AUGGUUUCGUUGGCGGACUCUUCUAAUCUAGUGUGGUAUGUAGAUGGAAGCGAAAACGUUUGCCGUUCAGAGGAUGACGGGGUUUGCAUCCCCUUGGAAUUUACUUAUUGCUAUUUUACAGGAAUUUUUAAUUAUUCUACAAUGCUUAACGAUAAAGGAGAAUUCAUUGAUCUCUCUGCUACUGGACGCCUGAUUUCAGCUAAAGAUCACGCUUCCGUGCAAAUCAACAUCGCCGAGGUUGAUGAAAAUGGUCUUGCUACUGGAAAAUCCCAUCCAUAUGCACUUUCGGGCUUUAUUCGCUCGUCCGGUCAGGCAGACGAUUCUCUCAAUCGUCUUGCCACCAGCGACGGCUUUCUUCAAAGAACAAUUUUCUUGAUGGCCGUACAUCUUGGCGACAUUAAUGAAAUCUUUGAGGGGCUAAAGUCAAAGUAG